GUGUAAAUAUUCUUGUUUUCUAUCUUGUCAUCUUGUUAAAAUUAUCGAUCGGUCUACUGCAAGCGCCAUCUGUAGACGAUAGGCGUGUACUAUUAUCUCAAUAAUAAAGAUAAUAAAACCAAGUUAACCUCAAAAUUUCUACCUUUGUUCUUGUAGUUUGUGGAAAGGGUGCGGGAAGUUUUUAACGCAAUUAGUAUAUUAAUUUGUAUUAGGUAUUCCGACAAUAUAAUAUUUUAUAUAGUAGUUUUUUCGACACACGCUUGACAACUCACACAUAGUAAACAAGUAAGAAUCGAAAUCCGGAAGGUAAUUCACGAUGAAUGUCAACAAAGUCGUGAAAAAGGACAAUUUUCAAUAAAUAUCAGCAUAUUUUUUACUGAUUUUUAUCUGAACGACGUAAAAAGAUGAAAAAUCAAGGAGAUUUAAUAACAGUUGAAAUUAUCCAAACUAUAAGGAUAAUUUUUUUACUAAUUUUGUCUGAACGUCGUAAAAAGAUGAAAAAUCAAGGAGAUUAUAACAGUUGAAAUUAUCCAAACUAUAAGGAUCAUUUGUUUUGAUUUAUACGAUUGUCAUGUGUCUAUAAUUAUUUUCGGAGAAAGAUUUGCAAAUCAUCGUUGAGGUACAAUUACCAAGCAGGGAUUUUCGGAAUUAUUUCCUUAUUCACAAAAAUGUGUAAUGACUUGGCAGUCAUCGAUAACUCGAUUUUUAUUGAAAAGAAAAAUAUGAGCGAUUUGACAUGAAUAAAGCUAAUUGUAAACAAAGAAAAUAUUAAUUGCUGCUUGAAUUACCUAGAAGGAAAGGAGAAAUGUUACAAAGACAUCAAAAGACAUUUAGCGGCAGCCGAACCAUCAAAACUAUUGUCUUAUACAAUUAUGGUUAUUGUUCCAGGAAGGAAAUCAGAAUGGAACUCCUCUAUUUUGCAGUGACUGUACUCUCGUCACAGAUGUGCAUUGAACAAACAUGGAUCUUCGGAAAUGUCACAUUCUUCACAAGGAUGUAUAAUGACUUGGCAUUCAUCACUCAACGUGGUUUUUAUCGAACGAAAAAGCUGAGAGAAAUCACAUGAACAAAGGUGAUUGCAGAUAAGGAAAAUAUUAAUUCUUGACUGAAUGUCAUACAAGAAUGAGGAGAGAACUGACAAUGAGAUUUAACGACAAUCGGAAUCAUCCAAACGGUUUUUCUUUUUGGAAACAUUUAUUGGUUGCACAUUUGGAAAUUUAUUGGUUGCACAGGAGGAAAUUCAGUAAAUGUGGACACAGUUCGUUGAUAUAAUAUUUAGACAAACUGUUAGUAAGUCAUUUUAAUUUAUGGAGAUUAUUUGCUGGAUUUCGGUCCACGAAUGGAAGAUUGGUCCGUUCGAAAGCAUCUGUGCUAUUAUUUUAGAUGUCCAUUCACAAAGCGCACAAAUAAGCAUAGAUUUUCAGAAGUGUCACAUUCCUUACAAGGAUGUCUACAGGCUUUGCAGUUAAUGUGGUUUCUGUCGAAAGAAAGUGAUUACAAUGAGAAUUGACAAAAUUCCAAUAUACCAAAUCAACUGAGUGAAUUUACCUACAAAUAAGGAAAAAAUUAACAUCGAACUGAAAAAUAUAAAGGAAACAAUGGCACUUAAUGAGAGUCGAAUUAUCCGAACGAUUUAUUAUUUGCGAUGGAGGAUUGAAUUAUGGUUUAAGACAGCGAGCAGGGUCUACUGAAGCUCCGAGAGGAGGAACCGUUAAUGAAGCUGGACUUUUUGCACUUCGUGGAAAGCAGGAUGGGAGUAGACGAAAUAGAAGGACAACGACCAGCACAACAACGAGCAGCACCUCGACGACCUUGACGUCAUUUUCAGAUGAUGUGGCGCAGCCCGCGGCACUUUUAGCUCCCAAUGAAGAAUCAUGGACGACAAAUUCACCAACCACAAGCGAUAUACUGUACCUUGCCUUGGCAACGUCCUCCAAGUCCCCCAUCGAGCUCGUUGUGAAGCCACACAGUAAAGUCAUUCUACCCUGUGAACUCGAAGGGAACUACUCAAAACUUGUACAGCCUGGAGCCAGAAGUUAUAGAAUAGAACCAGCAACAUGGCUUCAUGAUGAUAAUCCAGUGGAUAUGAUUACUAUCGACACGAGGACAGAAAUGAGUGGAACGGGUCAUAGAUACAUUGGAGACUCCUCAACCGCCGCUUUGCAUAUCGACAACGUCAGAUUAGAGGAUGAUGGAAUUUGGAGUUGCAGUCUUAAAGACGGCCAAGGAACUUUACUUACCGGCAGACCUGUUAAAUUAGUCGUACUCGAGGCGCCUCGAGGGACGUAUUUGUUGAUAGAUGGCCGACGUUUGGAUCCAGGAAAUCAGUUUGUACCCGUGAAAGAGGGCUCGGAACUGACACUCGAGUGUGCAGUGGAUGGUGGUAACCCACCUCCAAUUCUCGCCUGGGGCAUGACUUUAUCUCAAGCAACGUUGGAUGGCCCUGAACAACCGCCAGACAAUCUCACCAUUUUACCAAACACUUCUGGUCGACAUAGUGGAGCACAUCUCAAGGUGUUAAGGGGUCAUCAUAAUGCCACCAUCAUCUGCGUCGCUCGACACGUCACACUACCAACUCCACUCAACGCCAGUAUACUACUUGACGUUCAAUAUACUCCAUCUUUUGCCAUUACGAGAUUACCAGGAUUUGGCGUACCUAUUGUCGAGAGAAUGUCCGUCAGUUUAAAAUGUGAAGUCGACAGUAAUCCGGCAAGUGCUCCAAUCUGGCAACGUGAUAAUGGACCACCGCCAGUCGAGCAGAGUGAUGACGGAUGGCUAAACUUUACAAAAAUCAGUCGCAACGAAACUGGCUGGUACAAAUGUUACACGCGACACAUGUUGGGAAUUUUCACGAGCAUCGGCUACUUUCUCAAUGUUCGCUAUAAUCCGGAAAUAGAUACGGAAACGAAGCUCGUAAAUGGCGAGGCGACUGGUUCGCGAAAAAUGGAGGUACAAAUUGGAGGUGCUGUUACGCUCGAAUGUGAUGGCGGAUGCUGGGGACAUGGUCCAGACAUGGAUCCAGUCGGUGGUCCUGGACCACUUUCUCUAAAUCGUGUUGUUUAUCAAGAUGCCGGUGAAUACAAAUGCGUUGCACCGGAUCCCAAAUUACAAAAUACAUGGCGAGCUCAACUGCCUUAUCAAAUUAAGGUUACAGGUCGCCCCAUUAUUCACCCACUAUCGCAGAACUUGAUGGCAUACGAGGGUGAAUCAUUGGAUGUAAUAGUUGAAUUUUGUGCGGAGCCGUCCUAUACAAAGGUCUUGUGGAUGUCGGAGAAAUAUGUUUACAUACCCGGCAGUGAAACACGUGAUGGUGUCCACGCGCUAACGAUAGAGGACGGCGGUACGGAGGCGUGUUACAGAACUAUUCUACGCUUCGAGUCCAUCCAGAGGUCGCACGCCGGGGAAUGGCUACUCCUAGUUCGGUCACCGGAAGGGAUUGCGGACGCUUCCGUUUUACUGAACGUGACGAGGGCAUCCGGCUACAGUCACGCCCACAUCCGAUCGCCGAGUCUCACAAUUCUUCUACUGUGCAUGAUCCUCGGUUUUCUUUCGUCACCAAUAAAAAUUCAACGUAUGAAAAAUUAUAUUUAAAAAAAAAAAAUUUACGAAAAAAAAAUUUUUUUUUCCCAAACACACGUCAAAAUUGCGCUUGAUAGAAAAUUCAAUUUUCUAAAGUGCGAGCUCAGUAUUAAGAAACGAAUCUAAUUGACCGAUUUGAAUCACCCACCCUUCUCUUUUUUAAUAAACCAAUCGAAAGAGGAGGGGAAAAUUGCCUUCUUAUUUUUCAAAUUUAUCCCGGGGGGAAAAUAUAAUUCCUUUUUGGAACUAUUGAUAAAUUUUGGAACUAGUAAUGAAUUUUUAAAAUACUGAUGAAUUGUUGAGUCGCUCAUUUUUAAUUUUUAAUUAUUUCUUGAUUUGUUUUUAAUGGCCUGUUGUAUCUAUACAAAUAGCCAGUACUAAUUUUUUCGUUCAUGAAUGAAAUAAAAAAUCAAUGUCAAAUUGUACAGCUCAAGGAAAAUAUUGUCGGAAGAUUUUCUUCAAUUUUAAAUAAUAUAUAUAGGUCUUCCUUGAAUGCACGUACUAUUUAUAAUGAAUUGAAUGCCAAUAAAUUUUGACGGCCUUUAUCCUUAAGGUUAAGAAGAGUCGGAGAAGUAAAAAAAAAUAAAUAAAUAUAGGGGAAAAAAACACUGCGUAGUAUCAAAAUUAAUGAUGCUUAAAGAUUUUUAACAAGUGUAGUUUAGUUACAAUAAUAUAAAGCAGUAUUUCAAGAGAGAAAGAUUAAUUUAAAGCGGAAAAGUAAAUUUUUUAAAUUGUAACCGAGAAGAAAGUUUUAUAAUAAAAUAAAAAUCAAAAAGAUACAAUAAAUUCCAGAAUAAGAAGAAUAGCGUAUUUAUGGAAAUAACAAUAAUAGCAUUAACAGUAAUAAUAACAAUAAUUAUAUUAUAUUAAUUAAUUAUAUAUUAAUAAUUAAAUAUUAAUAUUAUUAUGAAUCUUAAUUAAUAUUAAUACAGACUUCGCACUCAUCUAAUAUAACAUUUAUUAGAUACUUUUUUACGACUUGCUAUUUUUUGGAUUUUUUUCAAAGUGACACUAAAAGAUACUUUUUUCUUAAUUUUUUUAAUUUCCUCUUCUUUAAACCGGUUAAAUAGCUGAAUUAAAAAUUAAUAUUUGUUUUCUUUAAAAUAGUCAUAAAUUCGGGACUUAAAAAAGCUGACUACUAAAAUUGACCGAAACUGUUAUUUGCAUAAAGGAACAUUAAAACUAAAUUAUAAUUGAAAAUCGAAAAAAAUUUUGCAGUUUUAUUACUAAAUGUUAAUUUAUUGUCUAAUUAUUACUUACAAUUAGGAAAUUAAAAAAAUAACAGAAACAAAACUAUAAUUGAAGAUCGCCUAAAUUUUGCAGUUUUAUUACUAAAAAAUAAUAUGUCUGACUAAAAACUUACUUUUACUACUUAUAAUUAUGAAUGCAGAUACGAAAAAAUAUCAGAAACAAAAUUAUAAUCGAUGACCAAAUAAAAUUUUGCGGUAUUAUUACUAAAGGUUAAUUGUCUGACUGAAAACUGACUUUUACUACUUAUAAUUAAGACUUCAUAAAAACAGAAACAAAGAAAAAAAACUGUAAUUAAAA